GAGCUUUAGCACACACCCCGCACAGGCGGGAACCUCCCACUAGCGGAACAGAGGCUGACGUACGAAGAUUGUUGGCGCGUCAUCGCCUUAGUGGAAGCGGCUGCGUGUUGGUAAUUGUGAGCGCAGUGUCAUCUACAGUUUGAGUGCAUUGCUAUACUCGAGGAUAUUUACAGCAAAGAUGUAUGAAGUGGCAGUAUUGCAGAUUCAGGACCCCAGCUGCUUUUGGUGUGAAAUAUUAAAAAGCAAUGGCCAAGAUAUGAAGGAGAAAGUGGAAUAUGAGCAGCUGUAUAAUGAUCUUAAUUGUCUUUAUGGAAAGGUCUACAGAAAUGUAGAGGAAAUAAAGCCAGCAUUUGUAUCAGUUGGAGAGUUUUGCAUGGUUUUUUGCGAAGACCUUAAUAGUUGGUGCCGAGCUAUCCUAAAUGCACCUGCAUGUAGUGCAGAAGAUAACCUUGUGGAGUGCUUCCUAGUGGAUCAUGCCAUUUACUGUCCUGUCAAAAAGAAAAACAUUCGCCUUCCUGUGGAAGCUUGUCAUCGUCUUCCUUUUCGUGCAAAAAAGUUUAAACUUCACCAAAUUCAGCCAGUAUCUUUGUGUGUUGAUCUUUGUGGAGAUAAAGCAGAACUUGGAGUUGCUGACAAAUGGGACGCUGCUGCUAUUGAGUAUUUUAAACAUCUUCUAAAGGAGUCCGUUCAUGCUGAAGCAAAAUUAUUCUCUAUAGAAAACAAUAUUUUGAGUGUAUAUCUUUACAUCGUUACUACAGAGGCUACGGUGUGUGUUAAUGAUGAACUGGUGGCAAAAAGCUUUGCUUGUUUCUGUUCUGAUGUACAAUCUUGUGAAAAAAUCAUUCCUACAAGUCUACAAAAUAUGCAACCUUCCAAGGAAGUUGAUAAUCCUGCACAGAUGUUUUGGCCUGAGAUCUAUAAAACAAAAAAAAUACCAUUUUAUGAAGGUUUUCCAAUAAAUGAAAAGGAUGAAAUGGAGCCCAGAAAUCACUGUGAAAAGAAACCUGAAGAAAAAGAGAUGUGGGAAGAAAACCAUGACUUUGACAAACUCCUGCAGAUUAUCAAUCCAGAACCCAUAAAACUUUCUGAAAAUGAUUACAUACAGAAACCAAGAACCAGUGCACCACAAUACCCAAUUUUUGUGCGCAAAACUAUCGAACAGUGUUGUACACUUAAAUUUACAUCUCUGACGUCUGAUCUUAAAAAGGAGCUUGUGAGAAAUCGUUACUGUGGACCAAGUUUCACUGAAUCCUACAGCUGGCCUUCUGUAGCACAGGGAUUUAAUACCAUUGUAAUAUCACCUGAUGGCAUGAAACCCAUGAACUAUAUUCCUCCUCUCCUCACAUUUUUACACCUUGCUUCAGCAGUGUAUACAUUACUGCCAUCUAGAAAUGGGCCUCUUGCAGCCAUUCUUUGCUCUGGAUGGAAGAAAGCUCAUUUUGUACAUGAACUACUUUUAAAGUACAGUAAACACACCAGACCCCUUAAUCCGAUGUUGAUAUUAGUUGGGCUAAAAGAGGAAGAAUGCGAAAAUCUUAACAUUCGAAAAGGAUGUGAGGUGAUUGUGACCACACCACCUAGUCUUCUUAGAUAUCUGAAAUGUAAGGGAUUGCUGCUGUUAAGGCUUUGUCAUCUUGUCUUAGAUGAAGUAGACAUCCUUUUUUUAAAAUCAGGAUCACAGGUAAUUGAAAUUCUGGAACUUUUUAAGAAAUCAGUUGCAGCAGAAAGCCGAGAAUGUGCACCUCAGCAGAUUGUAGCUACUGGAACAUUUUGGCACAAGGAAAUGAAUUCUUUACUGCAAUAUACAACAGAACCUCAGGUCAUAAUCACCAGAAUGGAACAGGCUGCAGUGUAUGGCAAUGUCCAGCAGGUGAUACAACUUUGUUUAGACUGUGAAAAAAUAUCGGUACUGCUACGGAAUUUGGAUUUCACACCAGACCAUGCUCAAAAGGUCUUGAUAUUUGUUGAAUCUGAUGAAGAGGCUGAGCUGGUUCACAAGGCUGUCCAAAACCAUUCCAUUUUCAGUUUAGUUGUAAACAGGAAGCAAGUGCAAAGUUUUAGCAGUGUGUUACAACAAUGGAAAAAUAUGUUAAGCCGUGGAACACACAUUGUUUUAGUUGUUACAAAUGAAUAUUUACCUCUUCUUGAAGUGACAGAUGCCACAUGUAUAAUACACUUCAGUUUUCCAGAAAAUGAAAAUGUUUUUGGUCUGCGCCUCUAUUCCUUACUGGACUACAUACACAGUAAAACAGAGCGGGUAAUUUCUUUAGAAGACAGUUUCCCAGUAGCCAGAUCUGUUUUGCUUAUGACAGAAAAACAUAUACACCAUUCAACUGAUAUACUGCGUUACUUACAACACACAGAGGCCACAAUUCCGCCAGAGUUAAGUGAUCUUACGCAAGGAAUUUUACAGGCAAAUGAGAAUAGGAAGUUUGAUAAAGAUAUUUGUCAGCAUAUCAAAACUUUUGGUGUUUGCAGGUUAAAUCUAUUUACAUGCCCUGAUCGCCAUAACCUCCUUCCAUCUACAGACCAUCAGUAUUCCAUGACAACAACCAACCAGUACAUAUCUGUUGUGCCAGUACAUGUUUUGGAUCCAGUUCACUUUUUUGGAAGAAUAGUAACUAAAGAGGAUGUGUAUACUCAUCUACUUGAAGAUCUGAAUAAAUUUUACCAAAUACCAGGCAAUCAAAUAUUAGUCCAGGAAGUAAACGUUUCACAAUUAUAUGCUGUACAAGAGGGAUCUGUUUAUCACAGGGUUAAAGUAUUUUCUGCCAAAAAGGAGAAUGGAGUUUUGAAUUUUAGUUUGCAAUUCAUUGAUGAUGGAAGAACUGAUAAAGUUAGAGAUGCCCAACUGUUGCAGUUACCUUCUCAAUUUGAAAAAAUUCCACCACAGUCAGCUGAGUUUAUUGUAUGCAGGGUUCAACCAAUUGAUAAUGAGGCUGAAUGGGAUCCCAUUGUAACAAGGACCAUUAGUAAAGCCAUAAAAGGAAAACUUCAUACUGCAAAAGUUGUACUCCAUAUUGGGAAUACAUAUUGGUUGGAUCCAAUGGUGCAAAGAAGCAAACUGUCUGGCUUUGCAGCUUGUAUAAAUGAAUUAAAUGUGCGCCAUGAGAUCUUGUCUACUGGGAUGGGAGUUGAUAAUCCUCAGCACAUAAGUCAUCUUGAGGAAUUAUUGAAAAAAACUGGAGUAGCAACUGUGCAGCAAGACUCUACUGAUAAGGUAUCAGAUGCAGACUUGUCAAGCAAUAAUAUGAUCGCCAAUUGCUGUGUUUCUUCUCUUUCCAGUUUGGAUGCAAACUGUGGUGCAAGGAAUGUGGACCUACAAAAUAAACUGGAGCGUAAUCCACUAGAAAGUAAAAGCUUGCAACCAGAAGUGAAAUGGUUUCAGAAAGAUAAAGCAGUAAUCCUGACGAUAAAGUUACAUGAUGUUACAGAUCAUGCCUGUAUGUUUUAUGCUUCCAGAGUUGUGUUUAGUUGUUAUGCUGGAGGAAAGCACUAUGUGGCAGAUCUGGAACUUUGUGAGGAGAUACUAAACGAAGAAUGUGAGUGCUGCAUUAAGAAUGGAGAACCUGUAAUAACAUUAUUGAAGGCUCAAAACAGACCUUGGAAAAGCCUUCUGAAACAAAAGCAUCCAAAUGUGAGUCUUGAUUUUGACAAAUGGGAAGAUUCUGAGGACAGUGAUGGUUUUCCUUUUGUCUCCGGAAAGCCCAAGUGUCUUUACAAAGUUGUAAGUGAAGAAGUUGAAUCUUCGGAAUACAGUGAAUCUGACACUGAAUCUGAUUAGCAUUAGUCUUUCCCCGCUUCAUUCCCUGCUUUAAAACAACCAACACCAUGAAAAGACAAAUACAGAUUAUUUAACACCUUUACUUGUUACCUGUCUAUGAAACAUAAUUGUUCUUGCUUCUGCAGUUAAAGGGGCAGUUUAUUUUCAUUUUUUUGAACUAUUUGCCUUUCUCUUCUGCCACUUUCCAGCUUUCAAAUGAAGGUCACUGACCCCGGCAGCCAAAAACUAUGGGCCUGUGAGACUGCAAUUUUAAUGUUGUUGUUACUUUUUAUUACGUAUCUUCAUAUUCAGCCCCUCUACUAUUCAUAUAUCAGUUACUCUCCUAAGCCACUCCCUAGUAGCUAAGGCAAAUUGGACCCUAGCAAUGAGAUAAGUGCUGAAAUUCCAAACUGGAUAGCCACGGAAGAAAAAAUAAAUUAAUUCAAAAACUACCAAUAAUAAAAAAUGAAGACCAAUUGCAAAUUGUCUCAGAAUAUCACUCUACAUUAUACUAAAAGUUUACUCAAAGGUGAAGAACCCCUUUAACUUUGCUACUUUGGACCUAAUUAAAUGGUUAUGUGGUGCAGUUUCAGUGUAAACUAUUAAACUUAAAGCUGACAGUUAUGUGUGAUAGUAAUUUAAAGUAGUACAGCCACCAUUAUGUGGCAGAUCAGAAACAUCCUCCCUCUUCCCUUCAAAAAGGUAAAUGCUUACCUAAGAAUGCUGAUUUUUUUUUAAAAAAAAAAUAUAAAUACUUUUUUUUUUUUUUUUAAACAUACAAUUUCUGACUGUUUUUGUUUUUAGCAACCAAAUAUUUUCAGCAUGCAAUUUAGAGAGCUGUGGAGAUUAGCUUUCUAUUUAUUUGUAUGUUGUGCUUAUUUGGCAAAAUAAUUCAAAGAAAAUGUAGGAGAGA